UCCCUGCCUGCCGCUGUCCGUGGUUACUGGAACCGCCGCUCCCGUCCCCAGGCUGUCCGGAGGCCGGCCGCUGACCCGACAGAAUCCUGUCUCCAACCAGGGUUGUCCAAACUCUCUUCGGGGCUGAUUGUGCGGUCCCGGGUGAAUGUUAAUUCUGACCCGGUCCUUUCCGGGUAUACGUGGGUCCCGUCCGGUCUCGGACCUGAUCUGGGGUAUCUGUGCGUCUUGACCCGGAGUGUGUGUGUGUAUUCUGUCCGGUCCUGACCCGGAGUGUCCUUGGGUCCUGCCUCGGUCCUGACCCGGUUCUGUCUCGGGUUUCCUAGGCUCCGGCGCCGGACAGGCUGGGCGCUAUCCCGCUCCUACGGACCAUGCUGAGCCAGAGCCGGCGCAAGAAGCUGGUGAGCCCGCCGGGCCCGGACAGCGGAUCGGCGCAGGACCUGCGGGAGGCUCUGUCCGCCCUGCGGAGCGACCGGACGGAGGAGGAAAAGCGCACGCACUUGGCCUACAUCCAUCACCUGGUGAAGGAGGCCUGGCAUCUACCGGGACAGGGCAGGGAGGUGGCCUCAGCCAUGUGCCGAGAGAUCCGGCUGCAGGGGACCCUGGAGCUGCUGGUGGAGAUGAUGCAGUCUCGGGGCACUGACACCCGGUACGAGGCGGGCAAACUCCUGGAGCAGGUGCUCAUCACGGAGAACCGGGAUCGCCUGGCGCGGACUGGGCUGCCCGCCAUUCUGCAGCUGGCCAUGGAGCGGGACGAUGUCACCAUGGCAGCCAUUGUCUCAGGGAUCCUGGAGCACAUGUUCAAACACUCCGAAGUGACCAUCCAUCUCCUCAUCACCAACGGCGGCCUGGACUUCAUCCUCUUCUGGUGCCGCAGUGCUGAUGUCGUUCUCCUGCGCCACUGCGCUGCCGCCCUCGCCAACUGUGCCAUGCACGGGGGCCACACCAACCAGCGGCUGAUGGUGGAGAAGAAGGCGGCAGACUGGCUCUUCCCGCUGGCCUUUGCCGCGGACAGGAUGGUGCGCUUCCACGCCUGUCUGGCCGUCACCGUCCUGGCCACCAACAAGGAGGUGGAGAAGGACGUGGAACGGUCCGGAACGUUGGACCUGGUCGAGCCCUUCGUCGCCUCCUUGCAGCCCGACGAGCUUGUGCAGAGCUGGCUGGAUAGCACCGAGCACUCGCAGGGCCGGACGGCCUGCGAGCUGCAGAGGCUGGUUCAGCUGCUGGACAGCUCCCGACUGGAGGCCCAGUGCAUGGCGGCUUUCUACCUGUGUGUGGAGGCCGGCGUGAAGGCACGACAGAAUAAAACCCAGGUCCUGCAUGAGGUGGGGGCCACCCAGAGCCUGAAGCGGAUCGUCAGCUACUCGAGCUGUGGCACCGUCUCCGCCCUGGCGAAGAAAGCCCUGUGCUUGCUGGGAGAGGAAAUCCCGCGCAGGCUCUCCCCCACCGUCCCCAACUGGAAACCUGUCGAGGUCCAGACCUGGCUGCAGCAGGUCGGAUUUGCCGAGUACUGCGAGAGAUUCUGGGACCUGCAAGUUGAUGGAGACCUCCUACUGUUGGUGUCUGAAUCGGAAUUAAAGGAAGACUUGGGAAUACGAACCAGCAUCACUCGAAGAAGGUUUCUACGGGAACUGCGGGAUUUAAAGAGAAAUGCCAACUACUCCACCUGCGACCCCGGCAACCUGGCCGACUGGCUGUCCAGCAUCGAUCAGUACUUCCGGCAGUAUACCUACAACCUGGUGCACUGCGGGGUUGGCAAGGAGACCUUAUCCCGAGUGACAGAGGAGCAACUGCGAUGGGAUUGUGGGAUCGAGAACGGAGUUCACCGGGCCCGGAUCUUUGCCGCAGGACAGGGUAAAAUGCCGGACGCUCAUCGGGACGUAGAUCUGCAGUCCAACCUGCCCUGCGAACUGGAGGUCAGAGACAACGCUCCUGACGUCUUCAUCAGUUACCGCCGAUCCACGGGUUCACAGCUGGCCAGCCUCCUGAAGGUCCACCUGCAGCUCCGAGGGUUCAGUGUCUUCAUCGACGUGGAGAAGCUGGAGGCCGGGAUGUUCGAAGACAAGCUUCUGCAGAGCGUGAAGAGGGCGAAGAACUUCGUGCUGGUGUUGACAGCCAACGCGUUGGACAAGUGUGUGGGUGACCUAGAGUUAAAGGACUGGGUCCACAAGGAGAUUGUCAUUGCAUUGUCGUACAAGAAGAACAUUGUACCCAUCAUCGACCAGUUCUGCUGGCCAGACCCCAACCUCCUCCCGGAGGAUAUGAGAGGCAUUCUCAAGUACAACGGUGUUCAGUGGGUCCAUGAGUACCAGGAUGCCAGCGUGGAGAAGAUCCUGCGGUUCCUGCUAACCCAGAAUGGCUGCCUGGCGCCAGCAGGCGUGGAUUCAGAGAAGCAGGCCUAACACUCACCUCGAUGCCCCGCAGAGAUCCCACGGACUUCUGUUGUGUACGAUCGCUACGAGCAGUGGAAGUUGGUGCUGAUAAUGUGGAGGGCGGAUGGGCGGGGUCAGCGCUGGACGCUGGUGUCCCUGAGGCCAUCUACUGGCCGUAUGUGGUGGGCAGGAAGGGGCCUCUUCUGGCAGUGGGACCCUCACUCUGAUCACUGAAACCUCAGGGUCACUGGGGCAGCAACGUGGGCUCAUUUAGGGAGCUGGGCACACCCGAGACACACCUACGUGCACUCCCAGCAACACAUAAUUAACCACACUCACAGCUGACCACUAACUUGCAAGUAGUCACAUCUAACACACUCACUCAUACCUAACCUCAAUAACUCACAGCUGUACACACUUAACCAACUAACUCACACAACUAUGCAACCUAACACACACUAACUCACAGCUACACAUAUCUAUCCAUAAGAUCGCAAGAUACUGGAGUAGAAUUAAGCAAUUUGGCCCAUCGAGUCUGCUUUGCCAUUUCAUUAUGGCUGAUCCAUUUUCCCUCUCGGCCCCAGUCUCUAUCCCUUCAUGCCCUGACCAAUCAAGAAUCUAUCAACCUCUGCCUUAAAUAUACCCAAUGACUAGGCCUCCACACAAUAGGAAACAUCCUCUCCACAUCAACUCAAUUGAGGCCUUUCGACAUUCAAUAGGUUUCAAUGUAGUCACCCCUCAUUCUUCUGAAUUCCACUGAGCAGAGGCCCAGAGUUAUUAAACGCUCCUCAUAUGACAAACCAUUCAAUCCUGGAAUUUUUGUGAACCUCCUUUGAGCCCUCUCCAGAGUCAGCACAUCCUCCAUAAGGGGCCUGAAAUUGCUCGCAAUACUCCAAGUGAGGCAUCACCAGUGAUUUAUAAAGCCUCAACACUUCAUCCUUGAUAUUCUUUUAUAUUCUAGUCCUCUCAAAAUUAAUGCUAACAUUGCAAUUGCCUUCUUUACCAGACUCAACCCGCAAAUUAACCUUUAGGGAAUCCUGCACAAGGACUCCCAAGUCCUUUUGUGCCUACGAUUUUUGAAUUUUCUCUCCAUUUAGAAGUCUUCCCUUUUAUUUCUUCUACCAAAGUGCAUGACCAUACACUUCCCGACACUGAAUUCCAUCUGCCAGUUCUUUGCCUAUUCUCCUAAUCUGUCUGAAUCCUUCUGUAGCCUUUGUUUCCUCUAAAAAUCUGCCCCUCCACCUACCUUUAUAUAGUUAACAAACUUGGCCACAAAGCCAUCAAUUCUGUCAUUCAAAUCAUUGACAUACAGUGUAAAAAGAAGUGGUCCUGAUACAGACCUCUGUGGAACAGCACUUGUCACAGGCAGACAACCAGAAAACAUUCCCUUUAUUCCCAAUCUCUGCUUCCCGUCAAUCAGCCAAAGCUCUAUCCAUGGUAGUAUCUUUCCUGUAAUAUCACGGGCUUUUGUUAAAACAGCCUCAUGUGUGGCACCUUAUCAAAGGCCUUCUGAAAAUCCAAGUGCACAACAUCCACUGAUUCUCCUUUGUCUAUUCUGCUUGUUAUAUCUUCAAGUCACUUUUAUUGUCAUUUCAACCAUAACUGCUGGUACAGUACACUGUAAAAAUGAGACAACGAUUUUGAGGACCAUGGUGUUAUGACAGUACAAAAACGAGACUGAACUACAUAAAAAAAGGAGAAAACUAUAUGGGACUGCAUAAAGUGCACAAAACAGUGAUUUCUGAAAGAUUUGUAAGGCACUAUUUUUCCUUGAGGAAGCUGACUAUGGCCUAUUUUAUCAUGAGCCUCCUAGUGCUCUGAAACCACAUCCUUAACGAUCAACUCACAUCUUGCGGAACCUGAGAUUACAGUUAUCUAUCGCCCAUCUCCUCAUUCGAACUGCAGCUCAGAACACCUUGUGCAGAUGUUGUUAUCCGGAGCCUGGAGGUCUCCCAGAAUUACAUCUGACACACAGGAAAAAACACUGCUCCCGCAGCCAUUCUCACUGUAUUACAGACAAGGAAUAAGCUCCACUUGCACCUGCAUUAUUUUUAUUUGCCCUUUCUAAUGAAUCUUGCUCAGUGCUUGGUUGCUGUCCAACCUUCUGUGAGGGCAGACCUGAUCAAAAAGAUAGAUCUCUUCUCAUACUCCCACUCAGCAACUGAUUGCAGUCCAACUCCCAGACACUGUCCACACUCACAACUACAAUGACAGACCAACACAGCCACAUACACAUAACACACUCAAUUAGAUUCAGACCCUACACUCAGCUCCGCACACUUACCCAGUCACCUGAACCAACACUACACUUGCACCCAACACACACUCACACCUCCCCACCCUCACCCACGUGAAAACACUCAAGACACGCUACAGACCUCUACCCCAUACAGACCCCCACCCUACUCUACUGGGUGCUUGAUCACAGCCUGACUACCAAUGGCCACCCCAACCAGCUCAGCCCUGUGGCAUUUACCUACUCAGGUAGUGCCUACCUCUACUGGUGUUCCUUUGUGCCUUUACCUUCCCUCCAGGGGUAACACCAGCCCCUUGAACACCACGGAAUACCUCCCCUGGUUCCCAUUCAACCAGGUCUUGGAUGGGUAGAUUAUUAGAAUCUCAAGUAAUGCAAUACAUACCACACUCAGCUAAUAACUCUGUGCUUUAGGAUCAGAAAAUAUUUGCAGAUUGUAGAAAGAUUUUGUCAUAGCUCAUUAAAAAUCUUUCCCACUGAGACUGUGAAACGAGGCCCUUCAAUCUACUGCUCCGGACAGAGCACUGCGAUACCACACUAGGUGGCAGCACAGGCUAUCAGAAGGAGCGUGGGUGGAAGAUAUAAACAGAUUAAGUGAAUGGGCAAUGACAUGAGUAUUAUUUGGAAGAAUAAGAGGUCAGCCACUAGGAAAAAGAGAUAUUUUGAAGGUGAAGGGCUGGCAGGGACCCUGGUGUCACUGAAAUUAAUCUGCAGGUCCUGCGCACUGGCAUUCGUUGACAAAGGAUUUGUUCACAAGAGCGGAGAGUUCUUGCUCUGAGUACAGGGUUAAUGACAGGGCAGUGUGCAGGAACAGAGGGAUCUUGGGAUCCACGUCCAUAGAUCCCUCAAAGCUGAAGAGAAAGUGGACAGGAUGGUUAAGAAGGCAUUGGUCUCCAGCAGUCAGGGGAUUGAGUUCUAGAGCCGCAAGGUAAUAUUGAUCUCUAUAAAACCCCGACUGGACCACACUUGGGAGUAUUCAGUUCUGCUCACCUCAUUAUAGAAAGGCUGUGGAAGCUUUAGAGAGAGUGUCGAGGACAUUUACCAGGAUGCUGUCUGGAUUAGAGGAAAGUUUAAGCAAGCUAGGGUGGUACUGAGGGAGGGUCACACUGGGGGAGGGGUGGUCCUGAGGGAGGAUCACAUUGUAGGAGGGGUGGUACUGAGGGAGGGUCACACUGGGAGGGGUGGUAUAGAGGGAGGGUCACACUGCGGGAGGGGUGGUACUGAGGGAGGGUCACACUGGGGGAGGGGUGGUCCUGAGGGAGGGUCACACUGUGGGAGGGGUGGUACUGAGGGAGGGUCACACUGUGGGAGGGGUGGUACUGAGGGAGGAUCACACUGUGGGAGGGGUGGUACUGAGGGAGGAUCACACUGUGGGGGGGUGGUACUGAGGCAGGGUCACACCUCGGGAGGGGUGGUAUACAGGGAGGGUCACACUGCGGGAGGGGUGAUACUGAGGGAGCACUCUGAGCAAUUCCCUGCUAGCCGUCCCGUGCUCUCAGUAGUGCGUGUUGACUGGGCUGUGCUCCCUCAGUACUGCCCCACUGACUGCGUUUCCAUCUGUCACUGCAGAAUUACGUACGUCGCCAUGCACUGAAUUCAACAUCUUGGGGGUGGGUUUAACCAUAACCUCCUGCCGGAGGUAGGGAGAGAUUGUGGAUCCCGUGGGGCCUGCACCUUCACAAGCGGACGAUGCUGCAGGCUGGAGGUUCCCUGUGCCAGACCACCAUACAAAUGGGAGCAGAGCUGACACUCAGUUUAAUUACAGCACUUUAAUAUCUUCCUGUCCUCGUACGUGACAAGAAAACCACUGCAGCAAGUAUUUCUGUCCUGCCCUGUCCAACACGGGAAAAGUAUAAUCAAGUACAAGUCCUGGAAAAUUACGAUCUUGUGAUAGCACCGGGUCUGUGUGGGUUUCUUCCAGUUGCUCCCGUUUCAUCCCACAUUCUGAACACGUACGCGUCAGGGUUAGUAAGCUGGAUGCACACUGUUUGCACCAGAAUCACGGCAACACGUGCGGGCUCCCCCACCCUCAGGUUGCGUUGGUCAUUUACAAAAACGAAACAUUUCACUGUAUGUUUCCAUGCACGCGUGACAAAUAAAACUAAUCCAUAAAACAAAUGGUGCAAGAACUCCAGCAGAUCAGGCAGUGUCUAUGGAUGGGUAUAAACUCUCAACAUUUUGGACCGAGACCCUGACAGUGACUCUUUAUUCCUCUCCACAGAUGCCGCCUGACCUGCUGAGCUCCUCCAGCAGUCAGUGUGUGUUGCUCUGAAUGUCCAGCAUCUGCAGAAACUCUUCUGUUUAGGAUCCUGUAAUAAUUAAUUUUUUUUGGUCAGUUCUGAAAUUUAACUAAAUUCAUUGGUAAUACUCUCGGUUUAAACAUUUCAAGGUGCAUAACCAAUCCAGGAAGAGGAAGGUAUAAAGAACAGUGGAAAGGGCAGAGCAGGGAGACUAUAGUGUAACUCUGCCUGAGAGCCAGUAAGGAGUGGAUGGGCUGAAAAGCCUCAUUCUCCAAUCCUUGGAGUACCAGCUGGAAAGUACUCAGAAGUCAGAGAUCGGGGGGGGGGG